GAUGUCAUACCUGAGUUGCAGGUGUCUUGCGGAGUCCUGAAGAUGGUUUGCCAAGGGCUCUACCUGAAACAGAAAUAGUCACAUACGAGGAGAAACUAUUCAGAAACUGUUUGGUCAGCUUUAUGUUUUAUCUGACAAUCUUUGCAGGACGAUACAAUAGUGAGAUUUCGCUCUGAGAAUCCCCGCGUUCUGUGAAGUCUGAGCGGGUUUGUUUGGAGACAUGAACGGCACUCUUUUCAACCGCACCAAUCUCCUCACACAAGCACACGGAGCCCUUAUCAAUGGAAGCAAUGAGCUCACGGACACGCUCGUCAGAUGCUGCACGGGAAACGAGAGCGAUAUUGUGGCCGCGAGCGACGGUGUUGGAAGUGGAUCCCUCGCGCUCACACCUGAUGAACGGAAGUUAUUCGUGACGCGCGUGGUGCAGAUAGCUGUGCUGUGCGUUCUCUCGCUCACUGUAAUAUUUGGGAUAUUCUUUUUAGGCUGCAACCUGAUGAUCAAGUCAGAAAGUAUGAUAAACUUCCUUGUGAAGGACCGAAGACCCUCUAAAGACGUUGAGGCGGUAAUGAUUGGACUAAGUUAGCAGCAGAAUGAUUUAAAAGAUAACCAGCAGUCUAUGCAUCAUGCCUCAGUGAGAAUCGGAUAAUUGAUUUGUAUGGGUCAGAAGAUACAAAUGCAAAGAUUUUUCUAUGCUAUUAUCUUUGAUGUAUUAAGAAUGAAGAGAAAAGUUUCAGACAUGGGGGGCUUUUGAAACAGUUUGAGAAAUAAUGAUUCGGUGAAAUUGUGUAAUAAUGUUAAUUGGCUUUAUUGUCUAUUCGACAUGAGUUGUUUUCUAUAUUUUGUUUUCGUAACAAAAAUGUUUACAUGUUUAUUACCUCAACGUGAUGAAGAUUGAUCGCCAAAAACUUUGUCUUGUCAUGACAAAAUGACCAGUUGCUUCCAUUUAGGCUACGCAUGUGGUUGUUUUGUUCACAGAAAGGAAUCUUUGUGAUUGUCCUCUACAGCUGCAAAAAUAUCCACGUUCAGUUUUGUUUAGUACGCGAGGGUCGAAAACAUCCCAGCUUUGUUGCACGUUUAGCCUAUUCCAAUAUCCCACUGCCAUAACCGGGUGUUUUCAUGUCCCUCAGCACGCGCGAUACCGCGGUGGAUGUGUGGCCACGCUUUAAGCACUUUUUAAGAUUUAGCUGGAUGCUGCAUGAGUUUUAAAUAUCAUGAAUAUGGGCCUACUUGUGCAGCAUGCUGUUGUAAUAAAUAUGCAGAAUUAAACUUCCACAGAUUUCAGUUUACUGUUUUGUGAAAAGAUUUAGAUGUAGGCCUAUGUAUGUUUUGUAUCAAAUCUAGUGCAC